UUCUGAUUGGCUGGCGCUUACGUCAUGCAGCUCCUCUUCCCGGUGACCUCAUUGCAGCCGCUCUCACCCGCUCCGCCUGGAGCCCGGACACUGACCCGUUGUUGAGGCCCGUACUGCAGGCCCGGAUCAGCGAAUCCAUCCAUUCCUGUGACAUCUGAGCUGUCGGUGACAGGAGUCAGCUGAAGAAGAGGAUGUCAUAACCACACAUUGGAGAACGCACUAGCAGCAGAUCCUGCGUUCUGCGCUGUGUUUCUGUCCACUUGAGGAGCAGGAUGCCCUGAUAGUGCUCCUCACAUCAUGAACCGGUUACAACCCUAAGGACCGCUGGCUACUGACCCCCCCUGUGUGUGACCGGCAGGAGGCGGGGCCAUGGCCACGGCGGGCCUGCACUGUCGAUUGCUGACUGUAGACAAGCUGGUGGCAUGGAUGGAGGGAGGUGCGGAAAAGGUGCUUCUGAUUGACAGCCGGCCUUUUGUGGAUUACAACACCUCCCACAUCCUGGACGCCAUCAAUAUCAACUGCUCAAAACUGAUGAAGAGGCGACUGCAGCAGGACAAGGUGCAGAUCACUGAGCUGAUCCAACACUCGGCCAAGCAAAAGGUGGAGCUGGAGUGUCAGGUACAGCAGGUAGUUGUAUAUGAUCAGAGCUCGGUGGACAUCUCAUCUCUGCCCAGUGAUUGCUUCCUCUCUGUGCUGCUGGGAAAGCUGGAGAAGUUGUUCAGCCACGUUCAUCUCCUGUCAGGUGGUUUCUACGAGUUCUCGUCGUACUUUCCUGGUCUGUGUGAAGGGAAAGCCUCUCUUGUCCCCACCUGUAUCUCUCAGCCAUGCCUCCCCGUGUCAAGUGUUGGCCCCACACGUAUCCUGCCUCAUCUCUACCUGGGCUGCCAGCGAGACGUGCUGAACAAGGAGCUGAUGCAACAGAAUGAGAUUGGUUUUGUCCUAAAUGCCAGUAACACCUGUCCCAAACCAGAUUUCAUCUGUGACUCCCACUUCUUGCGGGUCCCGGUGAAUGACAGCUUUUGUGAGAAGAUCCUGCCCUGGCUGGACAAGUCUGUGGACUUCAUAGAAAAAGCGAAGGCAUCUAAUGGUCGCGUCCUGGUCCACUGCUUGGCGGGGAUCUCUCGCUCUGCAACUAUCGCCAUUGCCUACAUCAUGAAGAGGAUGGAUAUGACCCUUGAUGAGGCCUACAGGUUUGUUAAGGAGAAAAGACCAACCAUCUCUCCAAACUUUAACUUCUUGGGUCAGCUUCUGGACUUUGAGAAGAAGAUAAAGGUUCAGACUGGCCAGACAGCGCCGGUCUGCAAACUGAAGCUACAUCUGGAGUAUGGCACCGUUCCAGUGGAGGUCCCUCAGCAGCCAGCAAGUCCAUCGCUCGCUUUUCCUACCUCAUCCGAGCCACCGAGAACGCAGGAGGAAGUGGCGGCUCCUCUCCUGCAAGGCCUCAAUGGUCUGCAUGUGUCCCAGAGGGAGAAGAUGGAGGACAGCAAUAAGAUGAAGCGUUCGUUCUCUCUGGACAUAAAGUCUGUGUCUUACUGCAGCACGGUCACCACGCAACCUGGAACUUCCACUUCAGAAGGCCUGGAGGGAGGGGGCAGCAAGUUGUGCCAGUUCUCCCCAGUAGAGGAAGUGUCCGAGCAAACGCCGGAGUCCAGCCCUGACCGUGAACAGGCAGCAGUAAAGGUCCCAGAGAAGCCUAUCACCUGCCGGCAAGCAGAAAACAAAGGGCGGCAGCAGCAAAUGUUGAGCCGCAGCAGCAUCCGGUCCCUGGCAGCUCCACUGCUCCGUAGUGGGAGCAUGGAGGACAAUCGCAAAAGUAACUUUCUUUUUGGACUGUCCAGCAGCCAGCAGCACUUGGCCAAGCCAGCUCUGGGCCUGAAAGACUGGCACUCGGACAUUCUAGCGACUCAGGCCUCCUCACUGACUGGCAGCUGGUACUUCAGCCCAGACGCCCCCGCCCACUUCUACUCUGCGUCUACUUUGUAUGGAGGGGGAAACUUCACGGCCUUCAGCUGUGGUCAGCUGCCCGCUGACCCUUGCUGCGCAGUGCGCAGGAGGCAGAAGCCCAGUGCUCGUGGGGACUCUCGACGCAGUUGGCAUGAGGAAAGUCCCUUUGAAAAGCAAUUUAAAAGGCGCAGCUGCCAAAUGGAGUUUGGAGAUGAACUGGUGGAUGGCCGAACCCGAGAGGAGCUGGGCAAAGUUGGCAGUCAGACCAGCUUCUCAGGAAGUAUGGAAAUCAUUGAAGUGUCCUGAGGCGGGCACUGGGGGUGAGCCGGGCAGCGGAGCUUCCUGGGUUAAUCAUUAAUAUUAUUGUUUUGUUUUCUUGUUUCCAAAUCAUUUUGUUCCCUAUAAAUCUGAAUGGAGGAUUGCAGAAUGUUGUGUUCAGUUAGCCAGGUGGGCAGCUGCACAUGGUAAGAACUGAUGAGACGGUUGCCCCCUUGGACAAUGCCCCCUGUACUUAACACAGAAUGCUUACAGCUCCACCAAACCUUUAAGAUGGGCAGACUGGCUUAUGAGUGUGCCCCGCACAGCAUUCUGUUUAAUGUAAUACCCUGGUGCCACCUUUCAUAAUCUCCAGGGACUAAUCACAGAUAUGAAGAAAGGACAGUGUUGAUUUAGUGGAGGAAAAAAAAAUUGCUAUUACAUUGUAUAGUUUAGGGAGAAAUGAUCCUUUGAGGGAAUCUAAGGAGGGGGUAUAAAAUAAUUGGAAAGUUACUCUAUGUGGUAACCCUGAGCUGAUCUAAGCACAGGGGAGGUAGGAGUAUCUUUCCUGGAGACUGGUCAUUGAUUCUUUAAAUUAUAGGGGUGCCCUGACAUAGUUAUAACCCCCCCUUUAUUUACGUUUCAUCACUCUAGUCACAUACAGAGCUGCACACACAAUUUAGGUUCCAUUGCCUCCUCCCUGCACUGACUGAUGUAGAGAUACUGCAUUGCAUGUGAUUUGGCAUCUACUGCCUGCACAGCUCUGAGGGAUUCAUAGUGGCAGAAUUUGUGACUGCAGCUCUGGAGGUGAUUGAGGGAUAAUAGUUUCAGUACAAAAAGGGUUUUCAGCAUUUUUAAACACUGCAGUCAGAACCUAGAAUUCCUCGUACAGGCUUCACAUAUGCCGUGUGACAGAAGAUUAUCUGUAUAUAAAGGAUGGGGGUGGUCCUGGAUCGCUGAGGGUGGCUCUCAGAUUUUUUUGUAGGAAGUUUACAAAGAAUUCCUCCUGUGAAUCCUCUUCGUGUUCUGAUUGUAUCGGUUCUGUUGAUUUUUCUAGUGCCUUAUAGCCUGGAGUUCACCUACCAGAGUUCUCCCCCCCCCCACGUGGCAUAUUACAGGUUAAAUUUACAACGAAUGUUCAGGUACUUUGCUUUAGGCCCCAGGCACACGUAUGUGUUUUGCGGUCCGCAAAAUAUGGAUAGAGGCAGUGCACGUGUCAUCAUUUUUUUUUCCCCACCUCUUUUAGAAAUGUCCUAUUCUUGUGGUGCCACGGAACGGACAUGUAUUUCUUUGCAGCCCCAUUGAAAUUAAUGACUCUGCAUCUGAUCCGCAAAAAAAUGCAGAUUGGAUACGGACUGAAAAUAAGGUCAUGUUCAUGGGGCCUUUCUUGUUUUUUAACAUGUGUAACAUCAUGACCCCUACUCUAGUCACAUCCAGAGCUGCAAUCAAAAUUCUGGUUUGCUGCAGGGUCUUGCACCACCCAGCCUGUGCUGGUUCAGUGUCUAGCCCAAACACCUCCUGCUCUGGUGCAUUUUGUACCUGUACUGGUGGAUCUCCGCUGUGCCUCUACCAUAUGUCUGUUACUGUGUUCUAGGUUCACAUUGCGUUUGCCCUGUACAGGUUUUUUCGUAGGGUUACAUCUAAAUGCCCGAAAAGAAUAUUCAAACAUUCACUUUAAGGCCUCUUUCACACAGGCGUCGCGUGUGAGGGCCGGAUAGGAUGCGGGUGCGUCGUGGGAAAAUCGUGCGAUUUUUAUUUAUUUUUUGCCUGCGAGUGGGGUGAGUUUUGUAUGCG